GUUGAUUUUGUGCUGGGCAAUGGAUAGGGUUACGGGGUGUGUUCUUGCCACCCUUGUGGCAACAGUCUUGAGUGUACCUAUAAAGAAUCCUCCCGAGGUAGUGUCAGUGCCAUACAAUUCCUGCAAAUACGGUGAACAUGAUCCCAAUUGUCGCUACGUGCCAAUUGUGCCACCGAGUCAGAGGCCAACCCAUCCCAUGGAUGACCCCAAUUGGAUUCCACCCACGGGACCGACACAUGAGAAGUUCAAAGAGUAUUGGCUGCAAACUGGGCAAGAAUUGCUACAGAAGCAACUACACAAGAAUCGUCUCAAUACCAAUAUUGCCAAGAAUGUAAUAAUUGUGAUUGGCGAUGGUAUGUCAAUACCAACCCAGACGGCAACACGGGUCUACAUGGGGGAUGAGAAUGUUGAGCUAUCGUUUGAGAAAUUCCCAUAUGCCGGCCUCUCAAAGACGUACUGCGUGAAUUAUCAAGUAUCUGAUUCAGCGUGCACAGGAACGGCCUUUCUUUCUGGCAUUAAAAAUAACUACGGCACUCUAGGGGUUAGCGCGGCUGUGCCACUGAGGAAUUGCUCAGCGCAGCACGAUGAGAGGCACCAUAUUGACUCCAUUUUUAAGUGGGCUCAAGAUGCCGGGAAGGCAACGGGAGUCGUGACGAAUACGAGGAUCACCCACGCUACACCGGCAAGUGCGUACGCCAGGUCGGCCGAUCGUGAGUGGGAAAGUACAGCACCGGAAGGGUGUGACGAUGUCGCGAAGCAACUCAUUCAUGGAGAUGUUGGCAGCAAGAUUAAGGUGAUUUUAGGUGGUGGCUGGAGGGAAUUUGCACCAACAACAGUGGUCGAUGCCGAGGGAAAUACUGGUUUCCGGACAGACAAUAGGAAUUUGAUUGAGGAAUGGUUGAGCUCUAAGCAACAAAACAAUGCAAAUGGUGUUUAUGUUACCACAAGGGAUGAAUUAUUAAAUGUCGACGUAGAGGGAACUGAUUACUUGUUCGGAUUGUUUGAACACUCCCACAUGUCGUACGCACUGCUGGCGGAUAAAUCAAAAGAACCCAGUCUCGAAGAGAUGAGCCAGAAGGCUGUGGAAAUGCUCAGAAAGUAUCCCAAUGGAUAUGUCCUUCUUGUUGAAGGGGGUCGCAUUGAUCAUGCCCAUCACCAAACCUGGGCACGACUGUCACUGCCAGAAACAGUGGAAUUUCACAAGACUGUGGAGACACUUGAGGCGCUAACAAAUGAGGAAGAUACCCUGAUUGUGGUCACAGCUGAUCAUUCUCAUACAAUGACAAUUGGUGGAUAUCCGCCUCGAGGAACGGAUAUAUUAUCGAAAGGGGACUUUUCCCGGGAGGACGCAAAACCCUUUUUCACACUCAACUACGCCAAUGGAUUGGGAUUCUUCGAUCAUUUUUAUCCAACGGGUGGUCGGAGGAAUCCAUUGGAAAUGCCAUACAGAGACGCAUUGUUCCGUCAUCCUGCCACUGUGCCACUUGACUACGAAACCCAUGGUGGUGACGAUGUGGGUGUUUUCGCAAUUGGGCCUUGGGCACAUCUGUUCACUGGAACUUAUGAGCAACACCUCAUUGCUCAUGCCAUGAUGUAUGCCUCUUGUUUGGGUGACGGACUCAAGGCGGAUCAGUGCAAUGAUGCAUCAGGAUUAAGUGGAUCCUAUGCUCUUCUCUUGACCUCAAUAUUUGCAGUACUAAUCCUCCACUUUAAAUGGAACUGAGAGGCGGUGUGGGGGUGGUGGUGGAUGAAAAUGAGGAAAGAUGAUGAAAUGCAAUAAAAUCUCCUGCUAUUUUCUGCGUCUCCA